CUUUCAAAUUCAAACCCUAAAAACACAAAAUUCCAAAUCCUUCUGAAAGCCCUUUCUUCUCUUUUUCUAUGAUUCCAUUUCUUCUCUUUCAAACCAAUUCUCCAUCUCCACCAAUAUGCAGACUCUCCACCAUCCUUUAGCCACUCCUCAGGAUCUUCCUCUCAAGUCCGGCCGCCGCCCACUCCAACCGAAGAAUUCGCUCCCAAAUUCUGGUCCAUCCGUCGCCAAAUUCAUCAAAUCCAAGCCGGAACGGAUCCAGAUCUCCCUCUCUGGCGACGCCAACAAGGAGAAUCAUCCGCCGAUUCACGCGACAGCAACCACAACAACGGCGAGUAUUGAGUCCUGUGAUUCGUCCCUGGCGGAUGAAUUGAAUGCGGUUAAGAGGAAGCUCGAGAGAUUGAGAUUGGAUGGUGAACGAACGGAGCAGAUGUUGAGAGAGAGGGAUUUGGUUUUGGAGUUACGGAUGAAGGAGCUGUUGCAGAGAAGUCAGGAGCAGAGAGAUCUGGAGAUGGAAGUCGAUAGGUUAUUCAGAUUAAAGGAACUCAGAUCGUACUGUAUGAGGAUUUCUCCGAUUCGGAGUCUUAGAGAGAAAGAGCGAGAGAAAAUUUUCACCGAUGCACAAUUUCCGGAAUUUGAAAUUGGCGAUGGAGAAGAAUCUGUUGGCGAAAACUCCUCAUUGGAUUCUGCAGGAUUCGUAACAGGUUUUUGAAAUCGUUCGCUGCUUCCAAUUUGCCCUAAUUUUCCUCUUCUUCCUUCAUCUUCUUUGGAUUUCAAAGGUAGAAAAAGAAAUCGAUGUAAUACCUCAUUAUGAUCUUCUUCAUGCUUUGGUUGAAACUUCUGAGUUGUAAUCAAUAUCAUUCUCCAUCUAUUUCACUUCAAUUAAUGCUUGAAAAAUGAAGAAA